UGCCGGCGUUGCACCGUCCACCACGCACCACACGCAUGGCGUGGGAGAGGGCCGCCCAUCUGUCAUGGAUGACGCACCAGCCAGUUUCACGCCUCAUGACGGCAGGUCAGCAGAACAGUCACCCACUUGGCCCGCGCGUGGCAACGCCACGCCGGUGUCACCGCAUGCCGGACAACGCGGUUUGCUGGGGGUAUCCCCUUAUGGCAGUCCGGAUGACAUGCGAUCAACAAAGAGGCCUCGUGUUCACUCUCUUUCGCCUACGGUCGUCGUCACUCCCGGCGUUGCAGUUGUGCAUUCUCCGUUGCCGCCCUUGUUGCCGUGUCCAGCGCGCCGUCCAUACACUCCAGUACACCCUCUGUCGGAUUUCGAUGCGUUGUGUUUUCCUGUGCUGUCGCCGCCAUUGCAACCUCGCCGUUUGCAGUUUCUGUUGUGUGCUGCGCAACCAUUUCCUCCUCCACUUUUCGUUGGACGCGACGAGUUGGACUCCAUCCCCCUAGAGGGGUGUUCUCAAUCAUCAGGAGCGGUGUUUGGAAGUGGAGGGUCCACACUGCGUGACGGAGGACGUCGGAGUGUAGAACCGCGGGUCUCACAUUCGUUCGCCACAUCAGGUCAUGGGCAGGGGGGUAUAUUGGAUGAUGCACGUCGUGCCUCUGCCGGGGAUACACAUGACCGUAAUUCCUCCCGUCGCUCUCUCGUCUCCCGGUUCGACGAGGAUGACAAUGUGUGUGGUAGCGGAGAUGGGCCCGGCCGUUGCGAUCCUGGCGCUCAAAAUCUUGGUGCGGGUCGUUCUGAACACUCGGGCGGGUCUUUGGGGCAAUUCGGUUCGCAGUCAACUGGUUUCUCGAAGUACUCUCGUUUGUUCCUGACUACCACUUGCAAGGAGAGACUGCGCCUUUUACAAUCUGCGAUGAAAGAAGUGAGCGACAAGUCUGGGGUCAUGAUCGAUGUCGUCGACCGACUAUUGCAUUGGUCAUUGCCAGCCAUCCGGUUAGAGUUCGGGGACGAUGUGGCGUUGAGGAUCGAGAGAACACUACCGGCCGACAACCGUGCAGAUGUGUUUCGUCUCGGAGCAGGAGGGGAUGAUUCGACAGCGGACACUGAGGAUGAUGGCGAGCGUGAGGGUGAAGGGAGCGGUGGAGGCAAUGGCAGGUCAUUUUGUGGGUCGGAUGAUUCACUACCUCGUUCAGGGCACGGGUCACAGCGUGGCCGCAGAUCGCGUGGGUGGCCACCAAGCCGUGGGAGGUCGCGUUCAUGUUUCGAACAUGUACGUCCUUUGUGCUGGGACGAUUCGAAGGAUGGUGCUCUGCAAACCGGACCUUGCAAUAAUCGGUCUGCACAUGUGUUGGAAUCGAUGGGGCACUGGGAAGGCUCGAAAGCGCCUGAUGUCGUCUUCGUGGAGCCGGUGAAGCUGCUGCAGUUGCUCGGGUUGUUUGAUUUGAGUUGCCCGCGCCACGGGGGCGGUUGUGUUGUGGAUGUGUCCUCUGUCGGUUAUCCUGGGCAAAUUUGUCGCAUUUCGCUCGCUUGUGAUAAGUCCUGUCAUUGGACAUGGUACAGUGCACUGGUUGGGGGAGAUGUGUACUCUUGCAGACUUCAGCAGCAGUUGUUCCAUGCGACCGUCACUGCGGGUAUGACAUAUAACAUCCUCAAUGACUUCUGCAUCGUGUUUGGGGUGGCACCUGUGCACAAACCCACUUUUUACAGUUGCAUGCGCGGUGAGCCGAAUUUGGAGCGCCUGGGUAUUGAAUGGCAGAAGGAUUGCCAUCAUAAGGUAAAAAACAUUCGCAAGGCACUUAGAAAAGUCGUGACACUAAAGGUGCCAAAGAAAUUGAACAACCCUCAUCAAUGCGUGUCGGAAUCUCAGUUUAUGCAGUUCACGAAGAAGGAGCUGUUGGAUGCCUUGACGGACCAUUUUGGACCAGGGUCUUUGACGGCAAAAGAAGAACGAUUGAAGAAGAGCGACUUCGUUGCUCUUGUGAUGAGCAAAAUGUACCCGUACGGCACGAUGAAAAWMAAHAAAUCCUUGGUCGUGGAUGCAGAUGGUGUGACUGAGUUCCAUAUGCAUGAGGUGGGGCAUUGGUUUCUUCGUGCUUCCCAGCUUUGCAGAGAUGAGGGCUGCGACUUUGUCACUCUGCACAAUGAUGUCAUGACGAUCGCCGACCAUUGGGCCGGGGACCACUCCAGGCGCGUUGCAAAAAAUUGGGCUCGACGCCUUCUCGAGUACAACGACUGUGAUGUGUCGGGCGAGGUCGGAUCCUCGACACCUCCUCUGCCUCGCGAUCUUUUUUGCAGAGGCGAGGAUACCAUUGCCCGUGACGAGGACGACGUUGCUUCAUGUGCGGAUCUCGACGUUGUGGGGGAUGGCGAUGUUUUCAUCAUUGGCGACGGGGAUGGGUUGCCUGGACCGACGGAUGCUGUGUCCGAUCGAUCAUGUGAUUCUCUAUUGGACGCAGAUGAUGUCAAGUUGUUCGACGACUGACAUCAUGUUAUGUCGUAGUAUCUUGUACAUGCGACUUUUAUGUUUUUCG